AUGGAUUUAAAGUGCAGAGGACUUGAAAUGGGCGGUCUGCUGGUAGUGUUGCUGCUGUGGAGUUGCCUUCUGUCGGCGGUUGACGGCUCACCUCUCCUCCUUUUUGCCAACCGGCGUGACGUGCGGUUGGUGGAUGCAGAUGGUGUUCGAGGGGAGUCCGCCAUUGUUGUUAGUGACCUGGAAGAUGCAGCAGCGGUGGACUUCCUGUACUCUGAGGGCCUGAUAUUUUGGACAGAUGUCAGUGAGGAAGCCAUCAAACAGACACACUGGAAUCAGUCUUCCAACUCCCUUAAAGAGGCGCUGGGAACAGGCCAGAAAGUGGUAGUAUCAGGGUUAGACAGCCCUGAUGGGCUGGCCUGUGACUGGUUGGGUAAAAAGCUCUACUGGACGGACUCGGAGACCAAUCGGAUUGAAGUGGCCAACUUAGAUGGAACCUCAAGGAAGGUGUUGUUCUGGAUGGACUUGGACCAGCCCAGGGCUAUCGCCCUCAACCCUGGCCAACGCUACAUGUACUGGACAGACUGGGGAGAGGAGCCCAGGAUAGAGCGUGCUGGCAUGGAUGGCAGCAACAGGAAAGUGAUAGUGAAUGAGGACAUUUACUGGCCUAACGGCCUCACCAUCGACCUGGUGGAACAGAAGUUGUAUUGGGCUGAUGCCAAACUCAGCUUCAUUCACAGAGCUAAUCUGGAUGGAUCAGCGCGUGAAACGGUGGUGGAAGGCACCCUGACCCAUCCGUUUGCACUAACAUUGUCUGAGGAGACAUUAUAUUGGACCGACUGGCAGACGCGCUCCAUCCACGCCUGUAGCAAACACAGUGGAGACAAAACCAGAGAGAUCCUCAGUGGGAUUUACUCUCCUAUGGACAUACAGGUUCUGGAGCCCUAUCGCCAGCCUUAUAUCCAGACACCAUGCAGUGCCAGUAAUGGAGGCUGUAGUCAUCUCUGCCUACUCUCUCCAGUCGAGCCUUUCUAUAGCUGUGCCUGCCCCACUGGAGUCCAGCUUAAACCAGACAGAAAGACAUGCAAACCAGGGGCAGAGCAAGUUCUGUUGCUGGCUCGACGAACAGACCUGAGGAGGAUCUCACUGGACCUGCCAGACUUCACUGAUGUAGUACUCCAGGUUGAUGACAUUCGCCAUGCCAUAGCUAUAGACUAUGACCCAAUUGAAGGUUAUGUUUAUUGGACGGAUGACGAAGUUCGGGCCAUUCGACGAUCCGGCAUUGAUGGCAGCAAUGCCAUGAUGUUGGUUACCACGGAGAUCAAUCACCCAGAUGGCAUUGCUGUAGACUGGGUGGCCAGAAACCUUUACUGGACUGACACAGGCACUGAUCGGAUUGAGGUUACCAGGCUAAAUGGAACCUCUCGGAAAAUUUUGAUUUCUGAGAACCUGGAAGAACCCAGAGCCAUUGUGCUGGACCCCGUUAAUGGUUACAUGUACUGGACUGACUGGGGUGAGCAUCCAAAGAUUGAGCGGGCCAAUCUGGAUGGAACAGCCCGGCUGGUCUUGAUCAAUAGCUCUCUAGGCUGGCCCAAUGGACUGGCUAUAGAUUAUGCAGCAGGAAAACUAUACUGGGGAGAUGCCAAAACAGAUAAGAUAGAGGUGAUCAGUGUGGAUGGCAGUAACAGACAAACUCUGCUGGAAGACAAGUUGCCUCAUAUCUUUGGUUUUACUCUGCUGGGGGAUUACGUCUACUGGACCGAUUGGCAGAGACGGAGCAUUGAGAGGGUCCACAAAACCACAGCUGUACGAGAGAUCAUUAUCGAUCAACUGCCAGAUUUAAUGGGGCUGAAGGCCACUAAAGUGACGGAGACAUUCGGUACAAAUGGCUGUGCUGGUGAUAAUGGUGGCUGUAGCCAUCUGUGUUUCUGGCGUCAGAAGGCUGUCAGCUGUGCUUGUCCAAUGGGAAUGGAGCUCCUCUCGGACCUCCAGACCUGUGUGGUGCCUGAGGCCUUCCUGCUCUUCACUAAUAGGGACAACAUCAGGAGUAUUUCUUUGGGUACCAACAGCAAUGACGUAGCCAUUCCUCUGACAGGCGUUAAAGAGGCCACUGCUCUUGAUUUUGAUGUCUCUGAAAAGAGAAUAUAUUGGAUGGACAUACAGGCAAAGACAAUCAGUAGAGCCUAUAUGAACGGCAGCUCCGUAGAACAUAUUAUAGAGUUUGGACUGGACUACCCAGAAGGCAUGGCAGUCGACUGGAUGGGUCGCAACAUUUACUGGGCAGAUACAGGUACUAACCGCAUCGAAGUGGCCCGGUUGGACGGCCAGUAUCGACAGGUUCUGGUCUGUAAAGACCUUGACAAUCCUCGAUCACUGGACAACCCACGAUCACUAGCACUGGACCCAGCCAAUGGCUACAUGUACUGGACAGAGUGGGGAGGUCGGCCGUGGAUAGCCAGAGCCUACAUGGAUGGCAGCACCAUCAUAACCUUGGUGGAUGAAGUUGGCCGUGCCAAUGGACUGACCAUUGACUAUGUAGACCAUCGUCUCUACUGGACUGACAUGGACACAGGCAUGAUCGAAAGCACCAACAUGCAAGGCCUUCAGAGGGAGAUCAUAGUAGAAGACCUUCCUCAUCCCUUUGGUCUGACCCAGUACCGGGAUUUUAUCUACUGGACUGAUUUUAACCUGCGUAGGAUUGAACGUGCAGACAAACGCAGUGGACUCAACCGCACUGUGGUCCUGCAGGGCCAGCUUGAGGUGAUGCUGGACAUCCUGGUGUUCCAUUCCUCUCGUCAGGAUGGCACUAAUGAGUGCUCACAUAACAACGGCAACUGUGCCCACCUCUGCCUGGCCACUCCUGCUGGUGCCCAAUGCCGCUGUGCCUCCCACUACACCUUGAACCCAGAUGGACGAAACUGUAGCUCUCCUUCAAGUUUCUUGCUCUUCAGUCAGAAGGCCAGUAUCAGCAGGAUGGUUUUAGGAGAACAGAGUCCGGACAUCAUCCUUCCCAUCCAUGUAAUGAGAAAUGUUCGAGCUGUCAGCUAUGACCCGGUGGACCGACUGGUCUACUGGCUUGAUGGACGACAGAACAUACGCAGAGCCAGAGAUGAUGGGGCCAUGUCGGCAAUGAUAAUGAGCAGCACUGCUCAACCAGUGGACAACCAGCUUCACGACCUGAGCCUGGAUCCCUAUAGUCGGAACAUCUACUGGACUUGCGAGACAACCAACACCAUCAACGUCCAGAGGAUGGACGGCCACACUGUGGGUGUGGUCAUCAAGGAUGACACAGACAAGCCACGGGCUAUUGUGGUCAACGCUGAGAAAGGGUAUAUGUAUUUCACCACAGUGCAGGAGCGCUCAGCUAAGAUUGAAGGUGCCAGUCUGGAUGGGACAGAGAGGGAAUCUUUGUUUACCACUGGUCUCAUCAGACCGGUAGCUCUGGCACUGGAUAAUAAGCUGGGAAAACUGUUCUGGGUGGAUGCUGACCUCAAACGCAUCGAGAGCAGUGACCUGACAGGAGCCAAUCGCAUUGUGCUACAGGAUUCCAACAUUCUCCAGCCUUUGGGGCUGACAGUGCUCGGUGAUCAUCUGUACUGGAUUGACCGUCAGCAGCAAAUGAUAGAAAGGGUGGACAAAUUCACUGGAGAUGGACGCACACGUAUACAGGGACGGAUAUCAUACCUGACCUCCAUCCACGCUGUGGAGGAGAUGGACCCGCAGGAGUUUGCAUCCCACCCAUGCUCUCGUGACAAUGGGGGCUGUUCUCACAUCUGCAUUGCUAAGGGUGAUGGAACACCUCGCUGCUCCUGUCCCAUGCACCUGGUGUUACUGCAGGACCUGCUGCACUGUGGAGAGCCCCCUACCUGCUCAACAGAGCAAUUCACCUGCUCCACAGGGGAGAUUGACUGCAUUCCUAUGGCCUGGCGAUGCGAUGGCUUUCCAGAAUGUGAAGAUGGCAGUGAUGAAGACAACUGUCCUAUCUGUUCUGCCUUCCAGUUCCAAUGUGACAAAGGAGGCUGCAUUGAUGCUCAGAGGCGUUGCAAUGGUGAACUGGACUGUGCUGAUCACUCUGAUGAGCGGGACUGUGAAACUAUCUGCCCUCCCAACCAGUUCCGCUGUGGUGACAACCAGUGUAUCACUAAGAAACAGCAGUGUGACAAUUACUCUGACUGUCCCGAUGGAUCAGAUGAACUCGCCUGUGAGUAUGUGUCUCCUCCCUCUAGUGGCAUCCCUAACACUGGGCCCAACACCAUCGGCCCAGUCAUUGCUAUCAUCCUGCUCGUCUUCAUGAUUGGGGGAGCAUAUUUUGUCUGCCAGCGUGUAGUGUGUCGACGUUACAAAGGUCCCAGUGGGACUUUUCCUCACGAGUACAUCAGUGGGACACCCCAUGUGCCUCUCAACUUCAUCACCCCCAGCAGCUCUCAGCAUGGCACCUUUCAAGGUAUCUCCUGUGGAAAGUCCAUGAUGAGUUCAGUCAGUCUGAUGGGCAGCAGCAGCAGUGGAGCUCCUCUUUAUGACAGGAACCAUGUGACUGGAGCUUCAUCCAGCAGCUCAUCAUCUACAAAGGGAGCCUUCUACCCUCAGAUCCUGAACCCUCCUCCAUCCCCAGCCACGGAUCGCUCUCUCUACAACACAGAGAUCUUCUACUCCUCCAACAGUCCAUCCACCACCAGAUCAUACAGACCGUAUCACCCAGUCCGUGGUGCUGUCCCACCUACCACUCCCUGCAGCACCGAUGUCUGUGACAGCGACUAUACCCCCCACCACCCACCGGCUGGCUUGGGGCUGUCAGUGGGUCGCUGGAAGGCCUCUGGUCACGGCAGCCACGCCAAACACAAGUACUACAUGGACCUUAAUUCAGACUCUGACCCAUACCCUCCACCUCCCACCCCCCGCUCCCAGUACAUGUCAGCUGAGGAGAGCUGUCCCCCGUCCCCUUCUACAGAGCGCUCCUACUUCCACCUAUGCCCCCCUCCUCCUUCUCCCUGUACUGACUCUUCGUGACCCUCCUGACAGCCUGGGAGUCCUGUGAGGAAGAAAGGGAUGAAGUCAGCUGGCUACAAGAAUUGGGCUAGUCUGGCCCAUUUAACCAGGAAAAGAACUUAUGUGCCAACUUCCUGUCCCGGCUGGCUCAUAUCAGCUGGUUAGGCUCAAGUGCCUUACUCAAGGCCCCUCAUUGGUCCUUUUAUCAUUCCAGUCAUCCAGGAGCUCUCAGGGUGGCAGUCAUCUAAUCUUCCAAACAUCCUGCUUGAACAUUCACUCUUUUGGAGCAGGUUGAAGUUUCAAGGCCCUCCCUGCCAUGCCUCAGGGCACAAAGAGGAAGAAAUAAUGAAGCCAACAGAGUUCCCUCUUUAAUUUUCAUUCCAUGGAAUGAAGAAUCCUUCCUGUGCUGGGCCAGUUUUUUUUGGUUUCCAUCAGUCCAAAAAAGGAUCCUGAUUCCUCAUGCUGCUCCCUAAACCCUUCAGCAUGCACGGUGACCUUACCGACUGAGUGUGAGAUCCAGAAAUCCAGUUGCAUCCAAUGGACCACCACUUCACCCCCUAUUUUUCACAGAGUUGUCGUCUCCAACCUCACAGCGUCUGUGUCAAUACACAGCAGCAGGACUGUAUAUAUUGUAGUGUUAAAAUCAUUGAACAACGAGGAAAUCAUUGGAAAUGUUUUUUAUACCUUAUUCAUGGUGGCUGAUCCACAGUUUGACAGAAAACAAAGAACAUUGGAGUGUGUGUGUGUGUGUGUGUGUGUGUGUGUGUGUGUGUGUGUGUGUGUGUGUGUGUGUGUGUGUGUGUGUGUGUGUGUGUGUGUGUGUGUGUGUGUAGAAUGGAUGCAUGUGCAUGAGUGUACAGGUGUGUGAAGGCUUGCUGGUUGAAUUAAACUAAAGAGUGACUGAGUGGAUAAUCAGAAACUGAAGUCUGACUCUUUUCCUCACGAUGUGUCCCUCCAUUUCAAACUUGGAAUCCUCUGUAGUUGAAUUGUGUGCCUUGUGAAGAAGUAGAGCCUUUUCCAGUCUGCCAACAGUUCUUCUUCAUUCAGUAAAGUCAUUGCCUGCCUACAACGUACCAAACGAAUGCCAACAUGUAAAGCUAUUGUACAUAUGUGUAAUGAAGUCAAUGAUUCCAGUUAUGAGAAAUGAAUACUUUUUGUUGUAAAUCAGAAUCUCUUACAUCACUUUUUUCCAUACUCUCAUCAUCCUCUUUACCAAAAUUAUGUUUGCUGCUAUUGUGUACAUACGAUAUCACUUCUCAUUACACAGAAAGGCCAAAUUUACCACUCUCAUGCCGACAGUAGAUCAUGAAGCUAUUUUAAAGUUAAUAACAAAUUAUUCUUAUAGCCACUUCUGUUCUUUGUACUUUGUAUGUAGAUCAUUGUGUAUGUUUCCGUGUCAGUUGACAUGUUUGGUUUGAAGGAAUCUUUUUUGGAAGGAGAAGAAGAGUGAAAGGCUGAAAACCCUCCAGCUGAGACAUUUUCCUCAGAGCUGUUCUAGGAUCAGUUGAAUGUCUCAGUAUGCUUCAGAUGACUCUUCCCUGAUCGCUCCCCAAAGUCUUUUGUAUGUUUUUGUACAAUGAACUCACUAACCCUAACCCUAACCAUCGCUGCAUAAAUUGAGCUCGAGGAGGAGGACUGAGAUACUGUUAGUCUGACAAACACUUGCUUUGAAGCAACCAGAGUGAGUGAGUUGUACACUUGACCCCUUGAAACAUCCUGCAGAAGCACCGGAAAACCAAAGGUAGAAGUUGCCUCAAAUUAGAUAAACUUUCUGGCCUCACUUUGAGCUUUGCCACAUUUUGUAAGAAAACCACUUGAGAGGUUAUUUUGAAGUUGUCUGUUAGUGGUCUGAGGAGGAAACCUAAAGACUUAACUGACCAUCACCACCUAAUCUUUGCUCUUUAGAUACAGGAAAAUCACAUCAAACCUUAAUCAGUCGUAAUAACGGGAAUGAACACAUAACCUUAAAGAACAACUUACAAAUGACCAGUUUUAAUUUGGUUGUGUCCUGCUUCAAAGAAAUCAUUGGCUUCAGCUAUAAUUUUUAUUGAUCUGGAGGAUACAACAACUGAAUGAUGUCCCUGUAGGAAUACUUAGCAGUGUUGCUGUAAAUAAUAUAGACUGGGAAUCGCCAUCUUUUACUAGCACGCUGCCAGCAAAGUUCAAAGACUGCUAGUGGGUCAGAAAAAGACUUCUUUUUAUCAAUGAUCAAGGUGAGAAUAUCCUUAAAUUAACUCUCCAGAAGAGUCACUGUUGCCCAUUGUGCCUGGAAGAUGUUCACCUGUGCUAGAUGAGUUAGAGGGGAGUGUAGUUUGGCAGCACUUUUGGAGGGAAUGUGGGGAGUUGCAUAAACUCGGAGUAAGCUUUGUUACCUGGUUAAUUUAUGUCCUGUCAGGUGACAUUACAGCUGGUGCCCAGUGACUGGAUCGAGACAGAUUUCCAGCUUAGGUAGCUGAAGUUGAGUGCUCGCGUAGCAGCACAAUACAUUUAUGUUGAGGGCUAUAGGCCAUACCUCAAACCACUGUGUCAGUAAAACCCUGUAUUUGUUGUGUCAGCUAAGAAUGCUUUCUGUAAUUUACCCUUGUGACAUUUUUUUGUAUCAAAAGCAUUUUUAUAUAAUAAAGGUUUUAUUUUAAGGAAAA